CUUCCCCUAUGACUUGAUAGGAUCUAUUCUCGGCACCUUGACGGUGUCGUCCCGUCAGCGGUACACUGGCCAUGUCGAUGAUUAAGCAGACACAAAUUGUGCUUUGUAUCUCUUCAUAAAGAGGUGUGGAAUGGCAGUUCAGGGAAGGUUCCUCUGGCGGCACCCUGGCCUUGUUUUACUGCCAACCCUCACUGACCUGGUUCAAGACUUAAGCAAGGCCGCUUUCUACCUACCCUCCUGAAUGGUUUGUCUCUUCCCACAAGCAGAAGUCCUUUGUUGAAAGUUUGAGCAUUUCAGUCAUCUUAGGUACUGCAACCAGCAAGCCUUCUCCUUUCCAGUGGCCUGCCAUGUUGUUGUCCACCCUGCUCUUCGCGGCGCUCGCCGAUGCCCAGUUCAUGAACGGGCUGAACCAUCUACGGUUCGGGUGCGCGCAAAUCACCAUCGAACGCCUCGACCCCCUCGUCGACCCGGGGAGGCUUCCAAGCCCCCAUAUGCAUCAGGUUGUGGGAGGGAACGCGUUCAAUGCCACCAUGCCGAACACAGACAUCGCGCAGGUUGCCACAUGCACAACUUGUGGUCCGGCGGACGACUUCAGCAACUAUUGGACCGCAAACCUGUACUUCAGGGCGCCAAACGGAAGCUACAAGCGUGUUCCGCAGAUGGCCAACCGCUUCCUGUUCAACGACAGGUUUACGACACAGACCCAAGGCGGCGUGACUGUCUACUACAUCUCCCCAGGAAAGGGGAAGGUCACGGCCUUCAAACCCGGCUUCCGUAUGUUCGUGGGCGAUGUCAACCGCCGCACGCCGCUGUACAAGUCACAGAGCUGCUUCCGCUGUUUCAGCGGCCCCAACUUUGGCGGCGACGAUCUCGCUCCGUGCAGCGACUCGCGGCGAGACUUUGAGGGCUUCCCACCACAGCCUUGCCCAGGCGGCAUCCGGUCCAACGUGCUGUACCCGACGUGUUGGGACGGCAAGAACCUCGACAGCCCCAACCACAAGGACCACGUGGCGUACCCGACGAGCGGGCCGUCCAACUUCCUCUCGACGGGCAACUGCCCGGCCUCGCACCCGGUCAAGAUCCCCCAGCUGAUGCUCGAGAUCGUCUGGGACACGACGGGGUUCAACGACAGGUCCCUGUGGCCUGCGACGGGUCAGCCUUUUGUCCUCAGCACGGGCGAUACCACGGGCUACGGCCAGCACGGCGACUAUGUCUUUGGCUGGAAGGGCGACGCUCUGCAGCGCGCCAUGGACGUGCCCAACGGCUGCUUUGCUGCCGACUGCGGCAACCAGAAGACCCAGACCAUUGAGAGCGCCAGGAGGUGUCAGAUCUCCAAGAAGGUCAGGGAGGAUGUUGAUGGCUGGUUCAACAAGCUUCCUGGCAUGGAAAUGUAAAAAGAUCGUAUGCGCACCUAGGUACCUAACCAAUGUAAACCGAUCAUUGAGUCGUGCAAGGGUGAGACUUGCGGAUACUUACCUUAGGUAGGUUAUAGGUACCUAGGGAGUAAGGUGUGACUGGAGGUCCAAGUUGUCACUUCAAAUUUGUCAGGACAUGGAGUUGCUAGUAGGGUGUCAUAUUACCUCCGCUUCAUGUUACUUAGGUACUUAGGUACAAGUACUUGUACCGUUCGAGGCCAAUAAAUCGACAGUAUCC